UGGGCCUCAUGGUACUAGAACUGGAUAUCUAGGAUUUAAGAAAAACCUGCCAUCCAUUGAAUGAAGUGGCAGGACAUGUAAGGCAGUUGUAUUCACGGUAUUAAUCAGUGUUGUCGGCCGCGGCGGCCGGCGGCGUGUGGCAAGUGUGCUCUUCCCUUGAGCCUCCUCUCCUCCCGCCCUGCGUGCAGUGGGUGUGCUCUCGGGGGACAGGGAGGAGCCGUGCUCGAGGCUUGGAGAUUGCGUGUGGAAUGAAACAGUAACUGCUAAAUGCCAAAAAUGUGAUGCUCUCUUAUGUUUCUGGUGUCAACCCCGUUAAUGGUUUCUGCCAGCGUCGGCCUAGUCAAGCCUUGACAAGAUAGUGUUUGCUGUAUUUAGUGGUAAACCGAGUAAGAAAUCGUCAAGAUGGCCGACUUGGAGGCAGUGCUGGCUGAUGUCAGCUAUUUGAUGGCCAUGGAAAAAAGUAAAUCUACUCCAGCGGCGAGAGCGAGCAAGAAGAUCAUUUUGCCGGACCCCAG